GGCUUGAUUGACGAUCCUGAGGUCCCAAAGAAACUCGAGGAUGCCAUCGUGUUCAAGGGCACAUGCGAGGAUAUGUGUCCAGAACUUGAAACCGCGGAGCGCAUCGUUGAGCGUAGAUAUGAUCAGCUUGAGAAGGAGUAUCUUGGUAAUGGAACAUUCUCAGCCGGCCCUGUUCCUGAGCUUAUGGUCAAGAAGCUGGCACGAUCAGCCGCAGGCCAGGAAGCUCCUCUCCCCAACGAGGUUCGGACCGUGAAGGCAUUGAGAAAUACGCUUGACUACCUCAUCGACAACGUAUUGGCCAAUGUGGAACUUCCCUCAGCCCACGGAUUCAUUUGGGAUCGUACCCGAGCAAUCCGACGAGACCUCGUUUUCCACAGUUAUUUUACUGAUGAAGAGAUGUUGGAUCGAGUCUAUAUUCUCGAGAAUAUUACUCGUUUCCACGUCGUUGCUCUCCACCUCAUGUCAGAACCAGGCGUUAAUGCAGGAGACUUUGUUGAGCAACAAGAGCAUGAACAACUGGGUAAGACAUUAACCUCGCUCAUUCAUGCAUACGAAGACUGCCAGGUUCGACGAAUUGAGUGCGAAAAUGAAGAGGAAUUCCGUGCUUAUAACCUACUCUUCAACCGUCGAGAUGAGGACGCCUUGACAAAGGCUCAGACCUUGGAUUGGAAGUUCUGGGGACUCUCUGAAGUCUAUCAAAUUGCGGUCGAGUUGGUCGAGGCUUACCAAAGUGUAUGGGAUAGCCAUGGCCCUCUUAAAAACCCGGCAGCAACCAGUGGCUAUACCGAAUUCGACGUCACAUUGUCUGCUUUUUCAAAAUUCUUCACCAUUGUCCAGGACAGCAGUGUGUCUUAUAUCAUGGCAUGCUUUGCAGAAAUCUGCUUCAACGAUGUACGAAAAUCUAUCAUUAAGUGCAUCCUCAAAUCCUACCGCCGUCAGAAGGACCAAACAAAAGAUUGGACCUUGUCGAAGUUGAACACUUAUCUGCGUUUUGAUGAUGAAGCAGAAAUUGUGCCUUGGGGUGAAAAGCAUGGUCUGCAUUUCGAGUCUGGAGAGGAGGAG